AUGUGGCAGCGGUCGGUGUGCGUGGGCCUGCUGGCCCUGGCGCUGGGCUACCUGUGCGUGCUGGGCCCCGAGCUGCCCCCCGCGGCCCUGCGGCAGCUCUCGGCCUCGCUGCUGGGGACGCUGCGCCGCGCCCGCUCGCUGGAGGCGCGCACGGUGGCGGCCUGGCAGGCGGCCAUUGUCCGCCCCGCGCGCGGCUGGGCGCGCGUCGCCGUCGGCGUCAACGCCUGCGUGGACGUGGUUCUGUCUGGGGUGAAGCUGCUGGAGGCUCUGGGGCUGGAGCCCAGUGAUGGGAAGGACCAUGCAGUGCUGAACUCUGGGCAGGACCUGAAGGAGGCUUUUGCCCAUUUCAUGGAGAGAGGGGCGGCUGCCGAGCGCUUCUUCAGCGACGCCGAGGCCUUCCAGGACAUUGCGCGCACGGCCUCGGAGCACCCCGCAGCUCAGCUUUACGUGGGAGGAAAUGCUGCUCUCAUCGGGCAGAAGCUUGCAACAAACCCAGACCUGAAGAUCCUCCUUUGUGGCCCAGUUGGUCCCAAACUCCACGAACUGCUCGAUGACAAUGUGGUUGUGCCACCUGAAUCCAUGCAGGAAAGAGAUGAAUUCCAUCUUAUCUUGGAAUAUCAAGCAGGUGAGCAGUGGGGCCGGGUGAGGGCACCCGCUGCCAACCGCUUCAUCUUCUCCCACGACCUGUCCAACGGCGCCCUGAACAUGCUGGAGGUGUUUGUGUCCAGCCUGGAUGAGUUCCAGCCUGACCUGGUGGUGCUUUCAGGACUUCACAUGAUGGAAGGGCAGAGCAAGGAGAUGAGACAGAGGCGACUCAUGGAGGCUGUAGCCUCCAUCUCUGAUAUCCCAACCGACAUUCCCAUACACCUGGAGCUGGCCAGUAUGACUGAUCAGGAUUUUAUGAGCAACAUUGUGCAUCAGCAGGUCUUUCCCCUGGUGAACUCCAUCGGGCUGAACGAGCAGGAGCUGCUGUUCCUCACCCAGUCUGCCUCUGGUCCCCACGCCUCCCUGGCCUCCUGGAGCGGCAUUCCCGACGUGGGGGUGGUCAGUGACAUCCUCUUCUGGAUCCUGAAGGAGCACGGCAAGACGGCAGAACGGGCCUCGGACCUGACCCGGAUCCACUUCCACACGCUGGCCUACCACAUCCUGGUCACCGUGGACGGCCACUGGGGCAACCAGGCAGCAGCAGUGGCAGCUGGGGCCAGGGCUGCUGGCACCCAGGCCUGUGCCACCGACACCAUCGACACCACCAAGGUCUUCCUCAAAGCUCCCCUGGAGUUCGUCACCUCCCACACGGAGGCGCCAUCCAAAAUCUCCCUCAAUCCAGACGAGCCCGUGGUGCAGUGGCACAGGGAAGGCAUCUCCUUCCACUUCACCCCCGUGCUGGUGUGCAAGGACCCCGUGCGGACCGUGGGGCUCGGGGACGCCAUCUCAGCCGAGGGACUGCUCUACUCUGAAGCGUAUCCUCAGUAGCAAACCAGGAGCCUCCUUCUUCUCCAGCACCGCACGGUGUCUGAGAGCCGUGGAUUGGCAUUUGAAGCAGUGGUGGUAUAGGAACAGAAGCAGGGUGUGGUGUGUUUUCUGGGUAUAACUGUCAAAGAGCCAAAGAAUAAUUCCAGGUAUAAACUGUCAGCUACAUUCCAGUCACUCGGCAGUGACUCGAGCGCUUCACGUGCAGGUCAGGUGCAAAGGUUUUAGUAUUUAAUGUGAAAACUGGCUUUGUCUUAAGGGGGAGGGACACAAAGACCAAAAUCCCUGGCUGGCAGAGUUUGCUGCUCGUAGCUCAGAGUGGAUCUUUUCUGGUAGUGCUGCAAAGUGCAGCAGCAGGAGAAUUUCCUGCCCCUGGAUCCCAGGAGAGCACAGCAGUGCCCAGCCCUGCCUCUGGUAAAUUCAAAAUAAAAGGCUUGUGGGUUAUCUCCUCCCAGCACUUUGCAAACCUUCCUUGGGGUGAGGAUGGAGUUACUGCCUGGUGCAAUUAGCUCUCCGUGUGCCCAGCCCCAGAGGGAGCCAGUCCCAAAAUGUGAUACAGACUGAACCUACUCCAGGCUGCACAGGUGACUCUGGACAUCUGUGACUAAGGGUGUUCCACAUGAGCAGCCUGUGCUUAGUUUUUAGGAAAUAAGGAGCGAAGAUAAUCAGGUUUUCUGUUUGGGGGACAGCUCUGUUUCCCUGCCAGGGAACCCCCAAACCAUUUCCUGUGUUUGCUGUACACUAAAUACUCUGCUAAUGGUGUGUUACAGAAAAGCUCUUGAGUGCUGGAGACUCGUUUUUGGUUGUUUGAGAAUGGUUGUGCCAAAUUCUUCAGUCUCCCUGCCCUCUAUUAGGAAAGGUUAAUAUAUCAGGGAGGGUCCCUCUGGAAGCUCAAAAGCAGCAUUUUCCAGGUAAGACUGAAGUGAGGUGGCCUUUUUAGGGUGUGAUGUUGGGAUUUUUUUGACUAGGUCACUGAUAGUUUCUUUGCUCUGGCCUGUGAAAUUAAAAAAGCAGAAUCAUG